AAGAAAAAGCGCGUUUUAGCUUCCACAUCCUUAUAUAUGCAUCUUGUCCUCAGCUACUUCUGCAAUAUUCAUUAUCUCUUCUUUCCUUGAAUCCCAUUUUUUUCUCCGCGAUUUCUGUUGGAAACAUUAAGCGGAUAUCCUGAAAAGACUAGAUUUUCGAUUGUUUGUUGAGCGAGUAUUUUGGUGUGAUUAUUGCGUUUUCCUUUCUUGUUGUUGUUGGCUAUGGAGGUUUCGGUGAUUGGAAGCUCUCAAGCGAAGCUGGGAGCCUCCGAUUUGGCAUCUAGGGAAGUGGGCCUUUGUAAUUUGAAGAAUUUCAGGGUUGUGAACGAUAGAGUUAGUUUUGGUCAGAAUAAUCGGUGGAAGAAGGCUGGGAUAAGCUUCACUUUGAGGGCUCAUCGGACUGAACCCGUUAGAGAGGAGAAUAAGCGUUCUGGGCCUGGAACAAGUUCCAAAACGGUGGAUGGUGUUAGAUUAUUUGUGGGGCUGCCCCUAGAUGCAGUUUCUUAUGAUUGCAAUUCAAUAAACCAUGCUAGAGCCAUUGCAGCUGGCCUAAAAGCUUUGAAGCUAUUAGGAGUUGAAGGUGUUGAGCUCCCUAUAUGGUGGGGAAUUGUGGAGAAAGAAACCAUGGGAGAAUAUGACUGGUCAGGCUAUCUUGCUAUUGCUGAGAUGGUCCAGAAAGUGGGUCUCAAUCUCCAUGUGUCUCUUUGCUUUCAUGGGUCUAAGAAGCCAAAUAUCCCCCUACCUAAAUGGGUAUCCCAGAUUGGUGAAUCUCAACCCAAUAUUUUCUUCACAGACAAGUCAGGACAGCAUUAUAAAGAAUGCCUGUCCUUGGCAGUUGAUGAUCUUCCUGUUCUUGAUGGAAAGACACCAGUCCAAGUGUACCAGGCUUUCUGUGAGAGCUUCAAGUCUUCAUUCUCUCCGUUCAUGGGCUCUACGAUUACGAGCAUUUCCAUGGGUUUAGGACCAGAUGGUGAGUUACGUUACCCCUCUCAUCAUCAGCUACCUAGUAAAACUCAAGGAGCUGGGGAAUUCCAGUGUUAUGACCAAAACAUGCUUAGCUUUCUCAAGCAACAUGCUGAAGCAUCUGGAAAUCCUUUGUGGGGGCUUGGUGGUCCACAUGAUGCACCUACCUAUGAUCAGUCACCAUACUCCACUGGCUUCUUUAAUGAUGGGGCUUCUUGGGAGUCCUCAUAUGGGGUCUUUUUCCUCUCAUGGUAUUCCAAUCAGCUCAUAGCUCAUGGAGACUGCCUCCUAUCAAUGGCAUCUUCUACUUUUGGUGACUCUGGAGUGACAAUAUAUGGAAAAAUCCCACUUAUGCACUCUUGGUACGGAACUCGAUCUCAUCCUUCAGAGCUAACCGCAGGGUUCUACAACACAGCUAACAAUGAUGGCUAUGAACCAGUUGCACAGAUGUUUGCUAAAAACUCAUGCAAAAUGAUAUUACCCGGCAUGGACCUUUCUGAUGCAAAACAACCUAAGGAAAACCACUCUAGCCCUGAAUUGCUACUUUCUCAAAUUAUGACAGCUUGCAGAAAGCAUGAGGUGAAGGUUUCGGGUCAAAAUUCUUCCGAGUCUGGUGUCCCGGGGGGGUUUGAACAAAUUAAGAAGAAUCUAUCUAGAGAUGAAGUAUUGGACUUGUUCACAUAUCAGCGAAUGGGAGCAUCUUUCUUUUCUCCAGAACACUUUCCUUUGUUCACCGAGUUUGUCCGGAGCCUUAAGCAACCGGAAUUGCACUCCGAUGAUCUUCCUACCGAGGAGGAGGAAGGUGCCGAAUCCACGGUUUUGAGCCAUGAAUCAAGUGUGAGCAUGCAAACAGCCUAAUGGUUGUAAAUUUGUAAUGUAUGAUAAUGAUGUAUAUAACAAUCAGUUAUACCCUUGCAUCACAGUGCAUGGGAUGAGAUUGAGGAAUGUUUAUUUUGUAAGCACAAUUAUGAGGAUCCCUUUUCCUGGUUUAUCCUCAAACACAGACCUUAUAUGGUUAUUCCUUAUAAUUUAGCUAAGGUGGGUGGCAGCUACCCUUCUCUCA